UCGUUAUAUUUCGUAAUAAAUAAUGAUCGUGCGUACAAUUUUUCAUAUCACCGAGCUUAUCAGUGAGAUUCUGCACGUGGAGAUACUUGUAACAUUAUAAUUCUUAAGAAGAAAACGAACUGAGAAUCUCGAUUAUUAUUUAUUUGUUUCGACAAGUAGAUAUUAAUUACAGUGCGCCACUUGUUGCAUCUGAGCGUACGCGGGUUUAUAAAGGAUAAAAGUAAAUGGCAGAUCUAGACGAUUCACGAUUCAUAUGGAAAAACGCAGAUGCUGUUACGUUCGACGUUGACUCGACGGUGAUACAAGAAGAAGGAAUCGACGAACUCGCGAAAUUCUGUGGGAAAGAGGAGGAUGUCGUCGCUCUAACAAAUAGAGCGAUGCAAGGGGCUGUAUCCUUCCGGCAAUCUUUGACGGAAAGAUUGAACAUCAUAAAGCCAACUCUCACGCAGCUCGAACAGUUCCUCGUCUCUUGCCCAUUGAGACUUUCUCCCGGAAUCGAAACUUUGGUGAGAUCGUUACUCGCUCGUGGGAAACAAGUGUUUCUGAUAUCCGGUGGAUUUCGUCGUUUGAUCGCGCCGGUCGCCGACUCCCUCGGCAUUCCUUCAGAUAACAUUUUCGCAAACAGAUUAAAAUUCGACGUCACAGGAGAAUAUGCCGGAUUCGACGAAAAUCAACCAACCGCUGAAAGUGGUGGAAAAGCGAAAGUAAUUAAGUAUCUUAAAGAAGAAAAGGGUUUUAAAACUGUUGUACACAUCGGAGACGGGGCGACCGAUUUAGAAACUAAAUCGAUAGCUGAUUUGUUCAUAGGAUACGGAGGGAACGUAAUUCGAGAUAGCAUUAAACUACAGUCUGCAUGGUUCGUUACUGACUUUAACGAGCUCACCGAUGCUUUAUGAGAACGGUAAGGACGACGCAUAUAAAUAUCACCGUAACUUUAUUCCAAAUCUGUUUGUUCCGUUUAUUACAUUUAACUCGUUAAAAUAAAGUACAAGUAACUUUA